AUGAGUGUCAAUUCCUCCUCCACCGAGGACGGCUCCAUCACAGCCACUGACAUCCAACCUACCCCAGCCUCAACCGACAAACCCCAUCUCGAAAAGACCAGCACAACAACGCAAUGGCAUCUCGCCCCCGAACUCCAAGCCAUGCGCGAUGCCGACGAGGAAGUCGGCCAAAAACCUCGCAAACUCGGCGUUACCUGGCAGAAUCUCACCGUGAAAGGCAUAGGCAGCGAUGCAGCGUUCAAUGAGAACGUCCUGUCGCAGUUUUACCCUUUCCAUCAGAAUGCUAAAGACGCACCUAUGAAGACUAUCAUUGAUGACUCGCACGGUUGUGUCAAGCCUGGCGAGAUGCUGCUUGUUCUUGGACGCCCUGGGAGUGGAUGUACCACCCUUCUAAGUGUCCUAGCGAAUAAUCGUCUGGGUUACGAAGAGGUUUCUGGCGAUGUUCAUUACGGCAACAUGUCUGCCGAAGAAGCAAAAGCCUACCGUGGACAAAUCAUAAUGAACACGGAAGAAGAGAUCUUCUUCCCUAGCCUGACAGUCGAAGCAACCGUCGACUUCGCCGCACGCAUGAAAGUCCCCUUCCACUUACCCUCCGGCAUAAAGACCCGUGAAGAAUACGCCCAGUUCUACAAAGACUUCCUCCUCCGCUCCGUCAACAUAUCCCACACAGCACAUACUAAAGUCGGCGAUGCUUUCAUCCGCGGUGUAUCUGGCGGCGAGCGCAAACGCGUGUCUAUCGUGGAGUGUCUCACCACGCGAGCCAGUGUGUUCUGCUGGGAUAACUCUACGCGCGGUCUUGAUGCGAGCACGGCGCUGGAGUGGGUGCGGGCUAUACGCGCCAUGACGGAUAUUCUGGGUUUGACUACUAUUGUGACGCUGUAUCAGGCUGGUAAUGGGAUUUACGAGCAUUUUGACAAGGUUCUUGUUCUUGAUGAGGGGAAGCAGAUCUUUUACGGCCCGCAGAAGGAUGCUGUUCCGUUCAUGGAAGAUCUUGGAUUCGUGAGGGAUUCGGGAUCAAAUCGUGGGGAUUUCCUCACAGGUGUUACUGUUCCGACUGAGAGGCGUGUUGCGGAAGGGUAUGAGAAUACCUUCCCUCGUGAUGCAGAUGGUGUACGCGCAGCCUACGACAGAUCAGCCAUCAAAGCUCGUAUGGUCGAGGAGUGUCAGGCAUACCCCAUCAGCACCGAAGCAGCCGAGAACACCGCAAUCUUCAAAGAGAUGGUCACCCGCGAGAAGCAGCGCUACGUCCCCGCCUCGUCCCCCGUCACCACGAACCUCGCCAUGCAGAUCCAAGCCGCUGUCACAAGGCAGUAUCAGAUCAUGUGGGGUGACAAGUCGACGCUCUUCAUGAAGCAGGGCGCGACUCUCAUCCAGGCCUUCCUUGGUGGAUCGCUGUUCUACUCUGCACCUGAUAACUCCGCUGGUCUCUUUCUCAAGGGAGGUGCCUUGUUCUUCUCGGUCUUGUAUAAUUCGCUUUUGGCCUUGUCGGAAGUGACGGAUUCUUUUACUGGACGGCCCAUCCUUGCGAAACAUCGGUCUUUUGCACUUUAUGAUCCGGCAGCUUUUUGCAUCGCACAAGUCGUCGCUGAUUUGCCCAUUCUGGCUUUCCAGGUUACUCAAUUCGGUCUUGUGCUUUACUUCCUCGUCGGUCUCAAGACUACUGCCGGUGCAUUCUUUACGUAUCUCGUCACCAACUACGUUACCGCCUUGUCAAUGACGGCCUUCUUCCGCUUCAUCGGCGCUGCGUUUCCAACCUUCGACGCUGCUACCAAGGUCUCUGGUCUUUCUAUCGUCGCGCUGUUUGUCUACAUGGGAUACAUGAUCAUCAAGCCCGAGAUGCAUCCCUGGCUAUCGUGGAUCUUCUGGAUCAAUCCCAUGGCUUACGGCUUUGAAGCUCUUCUUGGGAAUGAGUUUCACGACCAAGAGAUUCCUUGCGUUGGUCCCUACCUUGUUCCUAACGGCCCCGGUUAUGUCGGAGGCAAUGGAGGACAAGCCUGUGCCGGCGUCGGCGGCGCUGAACCCGGUGCUGCAUUCGUCACAGGCGACGCUUACCUCUCGAACAUGUCCUUCAGCCACAGCCAUAUCUGGCGCAACUUUGGCAUCAACUGCGCCUGGUGGAUUCUAUACGUUGGUCUCACCAUCUUCUUCACAUCGCGAUGGAAGCAAGUCGGCGAAGGAAGUCGAAGUCUUCUCAUUCCUAGGGAACAACAGCACAAGUCCAAGCAUCUUCUCCCGUCUAAGGACAGCGAGACACCAACGGAAAAGACGCGCGCUGAUACCGGAGCUGGCGCUUCUGAUGGUGAAGUUGAUCCCAACCUCAUGCGCAACAAGAGUAUUUUUACCUGGAAGAACUUGACCUACAUUGUCAAAACCUCAGAUGGUGACCGUGUCCUCCUCGACAACGUGCAGGGCUACGUUAAACCGGGCAUGCUCGGCGCAUUAAUGGGUUCUUCUGGCGCCGGUAAAACCACCCUUCUCGACGUCCUCGCCCAGCGCAAAACCGAAGGAACAAUCCACGGAUCAGUCUUAGUCGACGGCCGACCCAUCCCUGUAUCCUUUCAACGAUCAGCUGGGUACGUCGAGCAACUCGAUAUCCACGAGCCACUAGCAACCGUCCGCGAAGCCCUCGAAUUCUCUGCCCUGUUGCGCCAGUCUCGGGAUAUACCCGACGAAGAGAAGUUGCGCUACGUGGAUACCAUCGUCGACCUCCUGGAGCUGAACGAUCUCGAACAUACACUUGUCGGCCGUCCUGGAAAUGGCUUGUCAAUUGAACAGCGGAAACGCCUCACCAUUGCUGUUGAGUUGGUUGCGAAGCCUAGCAUUCUCAUCUUUCUUGAUGAACCAACGUCUGGACUGGAUGGGCAGGCUGCUUACAAUACGGUGCGCUUCCUUCGAAAGCUCUCGGCUGCGGGACAGGCUAUUCUGGUGACGAUCCAUCAGCCAUCUGCACAGUUGUUUGCGCAGUUCGAUACGCUGUUGCUGCUUACCAAAGGUGGAAAGACUGUGUACUUUGGCGAUAUUGGCGACAACGCGGCUACUGUUAAGCAGUAUUUCGGCCGUUAUGGUGCUCCAUGCCCACCUGAGGCCAAUCCCGCUGAACACAUGAUCGACGUGGUAUCAGGCGAAGAUGGCCCGUACAAGGACACGGACUGGAACCAAGUCUGGUUGAAGUCCCCGGAACACGACCAGCUCACCAAAGACCUGGACCAUAUGAUUGAAGUAGCAGCAUCCCAACCCUCGCACACCAACGACGACGGCAACGAAUUCGCCGCGUCAAUGUGGACGCAAGUCAAGCUCGUAACGCACCGAAUGAACGUCUCCCUCUUCCGCAACACAGAGUACGUCGACAACAAAGUCGCCAUGCACAUCCUCCUCCCGCUCCUCAACGGGUUCACAUUUUGGAAGAUCGGCGAUAGCUUGACAGAUCUGCAGCAGAACUUGUUUACCGUGUUCAACUUUAUCUUUAUCGCUCCGGGUAUCAUCGCGCAGCUGCAGCCGCUGUUUAUUGACCGCAGAGAUAUUUAUGAGGCGAGGGAGAAGAAGAGCAAGAUGUAUCACUGGGCGCCGUUCGUCACUGGGUUGAUUGUGUCGGAGUUGCCGUAUUUGCUGGUUUGUGCGGUGUUGUAUUUUGUUUGCUGGUAUUUCACUGCUGGGCUUCCGACUGGCGCUGAACAUGCCGGUAGUGUCUUCUUUGUCGCGCUCAUGUACGAAGGCUUGUACACUGGCAUCGGCCAGGCGAUCGCUGCGUACACUCCCAACGCUGUCUUUGCAUCGCUUGUCAAUCCUCUGGUCAUCACCACUCUCGUCUCUUUCUGCGGUGUUAUGAUCCCUUACAGCCAGAUUGUAGAAUUCUGGCGAUACUGGAUGUACUACAUUGAUCCCUUUAACUACCUUAUGAGCUCGCUCCUCGUGUUCACAACCUGGGACAAGCCCGUCCACUGUAAACCCCACGAGCUUGCCGUUUUCGAUCCUCCUUCCAACACCACCUGCGGCGAAUAUCUGUCUGAUUACCAGAGCGGUAUGGGCAAGGCCACCAACCUCCUCAACCCGGAUGCAUUCGCCGAUUGUCAAGUUUGUCAAUACACCUUAGGCUCGGACUAUCUCCGAACAUUGAACCUCAAAGAAGAAUACUACGGUUGGAGAAACGCUGGUAUUGUUGUCGCGUUUGUGAUUGGUUUCUAUGGGCUUGUGUAUGUCAUGAUGAAGCUCAGGACCAAGGCUACCAAGAAGGCGGAGUCUUAA